AUGAACUUUCUCUCUGGGAUCUGGUGGUCUCUUCCCUUGGUCUUGGUCUGGGCGACCCCACCAGUCACCUCUUCAUGGUGGUACAUGGGCGCCGUGGGCUCGUCGCGGGUGAUGUGCGACAACGUGCCGGGCCUGGUGAGCCGGCAGCGGCAGCUGUGCCGCCGGCACCCCGAGGCGAUGCUCUCCAUCGGCCGUGGCGUGGCCGCCUGGACGGCCGAGUGCCAGCACCAGUUCCGCCGGCACCGCUGGGACUGCAACGCCCUGGAGCGGGGGCAGCGCCUCCUCGGCCGCGUCCUGCUGCGCAGUAGUCGAGAAUCUGCUUUUGUACACGCCAUCUCCUCUGCUGGAGUUGUUUUUGCCAUCACCAGGGCAUGUAGCCAAGGGGAGCUGAAAUCCUGCUCCUGUGAUCCCAAGAAGAAAGGCUCUGCCAAGGACAGCAAGGGCCAUUUUGACUGGGGUGGCUGCAGUGAUAACAUUGACUAUGGCAUUAAAUUUGCCAGAGCCUUUGUGGAUGCCAAGGAACGGAAAGGAAAAGAUGCCAGGGCGCUGAUGAACCUUCACAACAACAGAGCUGGAAGGAAGGCUGUGAAGCGGUUUUUGAAACAGGAGUGCAAAUGUCACGGUGUGAGUGGAUCGUGCACUCUAAGGACCUGCUGGCUGGCCAUGUCAGACUUUAGGAAAACAGGAGAUUAUCUGUGGAAGAAAUACAAUGGAGCAAUUCAGGUGGUCAUGAAUCAAGAUGGCACAGGUUUCACUGUGGCUAAUAAGAAAUUUAAGAAGCCAACUAAGAAUGACCUGGUAUACUUUGAGAGCUCUCCAGACUACUGUAUCAGGGACAGGGAUGUAGGGUCCCUUGGCACAGCUGGUCGGGUGUGCAACCAAACCUCGCGUGGCAUGGACAGCUGUGAAGUGAUGUGCUGCGGGAGAGGCUACGACACCUCCCGCGUCAGCAGGAUGACAAAAUGCGAGUGCAAAUUCCACUGGUGUUGUGCUGUGCGCUGCCAGGACUGCCUGGAGGUGGUGGACAUUCACACCUGCAAAGCGCCAAAGAGCGCUGGCUGGAUUUCCCGGACAUGACGCACAGGCUACUGAUGCUGAGGACCACAGCCUUUGCCCUUCCUGGUCCAUGCAGGGAAUGCAUCAGAGGUCGUUUUUACUUUUAUGCCUGUUUUGCCUUUGUUGUUCAUUGCACAGAAGCUGCUGAAAAAUUGAUAUAAACCCUGCAGCAUUUACUUCGCAUUUCUACAUGACAGUGUUGCUGCAGAGUUGUCUCCGCAUGAACUGAUGCAGCUCUGGAAGGAUGUACUGAUGCCAGGACUGUUCCACCCACCAUGUAACUCUCCUCCAGAAUCCGAGUGGCAAUUCUUUCCUGCCAUCAGGAACACAAGAAGAUAGAAAA